AUGGCCUCCAAGCGUUCUUUCACCGAAGAGGAUUUCUCCUGUACUGUAUGCCGUGAUAUCUUCAAGGAUCCUGUCAUCAUGACAUGCAGUCACAGUGUGUGUAAAGUCUGUCUGCAGCAGUUCUGGGAAUCUAAAGGACACCAAGAAUGUCCUAUCUGCAGGAAAAGAUUCACAAAUUCAAAUCCACAACUGAACUUGGACUUGAAGAACCUGUGUGAGACCUUCUUACAUGAGAGAAGUCAGAGAGCUUCAGCAGGGUCUGAGGUGCUCUGCAGUCUGCACAGUGAGAAACUCAAACUCUUCUGUCUGGAGGAUAAACAGCCUGUGUGUGUGGUGUGCAGAGACUCAAGGGAACAUAAGAAUCACAACUUUAGUCCUGUUGUUGAAGUGACAACUGAUUAUAAGGAGGAACUGAGAACAGAGCUGGCCAAGCUGAAGGAAAAGAUGAAGAAACAUAAAAAAGCUAAACUAACCUGUGAUAAAACAGCAAAACACAUUAAGACACAGGCCCUAAACACAGAGAAGCAGAUCAAGGAGGAGUUUGAGAAGCUUCACCAGUUUCUACGAGAUAAAGAGGCAGCCAGGAUAGCUGCAGUGAAGAAGGAAGAGAAGCAGCAGACUAAGAUGAUGAAGGAGAAGAUUGAGAAGAUGAGCAGAGAGAUCUCAUCUCUUUCAGACUCAAUCAAAGCCAUAGAAGAGCAAAUUCAUGCUGAUGACAUCACAUUCCUGCAGUGUGGUGUUGGUGUGGUGAUCUCUGAAGAGUGUGGUGUUGGUGUGGUGAUCUCUGAAGAGUGUGGUGUUGGUGUGGUGAUCUCUGAAGAAUCUCUGAAGAGUGUGGUGUUGGAUCCAGAGAGGGUUUCAGGAGCUCUGAUCAAUGUGGCAAAGCACCUGGGCAACCUGAAGUUCAGAGUCUGGGAGAAGAUGCAGGAGACUGUUCAGUACACUCCUGUGACUCUGGAUCCCAACACUGCACACCCACUACUCAUCCUGUCUGGGGAUCUGACCAGUGUGAGACGUGGUGAUGAGAGACAGCAGCUUCCUGAUAACCCAGAGAGAUUUGAUAAGUGGUACAGUGUCCUGGGCUCUGAGGGCUUUAACUCAGGGACUCAUUGCUGGGAUGUGGAGGUUGGAGAGAACACAGUGUGGAUUGUCGGUGUGAAGGCAGAGUCUGGCCAGAGGAAGGGAGAAUAUGAUGAUGAUGUGAGUGGAGACUGGUCUGUGUUGUAUCAUGGUGGUGAAUAUGCAGCAUGGGCUCCAGCACCACAGCCCUCCACUCCCCUCACAGUGCAGCAGAAACCCCAGAGGAUCAGAUUGCAGCUGGACUGGGACAGAGGAGAGCUGUCAUUCUCUGACCCUGAUAAUAACACACACCUACACACUUUCACACACACUUUCACUGAGAGAGUGUUUCCAUACUUAGUUGGUGGUGAGGUGUCUCCUCUGAGGAUCUCACUGGUGAAGGUUUCAGUUAGAGUAGAGCAGUCCAGUUAGAGCUGAUAGUGUCUCUGUGUGGACCAGAACUGAUCAGCAUGAGGAGAUGAAUCAGUUAGAGGAGACUCUGAGAGAAAACACCACUGUGGACUGAGAGAAAGCACCAGCAUCAGACACACCCUCUUCUCCCAUGGGAUCAUUUGACAUUCACU